AUGGAAGGGCCAAAACCCCUGGGGCCCUGUGGUCACCCCCACCCUCAGUGUCCCCCAGCCCCAGCCUCAAGCAGACAAGGGUGCUUGGAUCAGCCCUGCCAGGGAUUCGUAAGGUGGCCUUGUCUAGUCCCCCUCCCAUCUGCUCACUCACUAGAGUCUGCAAGGCCUUUCCCAGCUCCAGGGACAGGGGGUGGGGCACCUGGGGUGGAAGGUGAGUCACCUGGGAUCUUUCUGUCAAGUGAAGAAGGAGCGAUGCAGCGGCAGAGAGCUCGAGAACCAGCAGGGUCCAGACAAGGAGAUAUGGACACAGGACUGGGGUGGGGCUGGCCCCUGCACCCAGGGCGAGAACAAGUGCCACCCAAGCAGGCAGGGCCCCCCAACUCAGGGCCCAGGGCCUGCCCAUGUCCAACCCUGCCACCAGGAGGGUCCCCAGCUUCACCCAGGACAACUCCCUCACAGCUCCAGGGCCAGUCCCUGGGGUCUGCAGAGCAGUCCUUUCUGCAACUGGAGCAGGAGAACCACAGCCUGAAAAGGCAGAACCAGGACCUUCGGGAGCAGCUGGGGGCCCUCCUGGGGCCAGGACAGCAGUUCCUGCCCCUGUGUGCGGAACACUCAAGCUGCACAGCACUUGCCUGGUCCCCUGAGGCAGGCAGCACCCAGCCCCUGGAGAACAGGACACCUGUGCAGCUGGUGCGGAGGGAGCUGUGCCAAGGGGAAGAGGCCUUUGUGCAGCAGUCCCAGAAUGAGCUGCAACAGAUCCGACUGUCCUUCGAGAGGAAGAAGAUGGCCAUCACGGAGGUGUGGGAUGGUGUGGCAGAGGUCCACAUGGCUCUGAACAACCAGGCUACUGGGCUCCUGAAUCUCAAGAAGGACAUCCGGGGCGUGCUAGAUCAGAUGGAGGACAUUCAGCUGGAGAUUCUGGGGGAGAGGGCACAGUGCCGCACCCAGGCCAGGAAGGAGCAGCAGAUGGCAAGCAUGGUGAAAGGCAGGCCACAACGGGGAUGUUCCGAGGGCCUCAAGGGACAGCUCUGGCUGCUGGCUCUGAGGCUGCUGCUGGGUGCCCUGCUGGCCUGCACAGUGGCCUACGUGUAUGUAGUGGAUCCUGCACCCUUCGAGGGGCUGGUGCCGCCCCUGCUGAGUCGAGCUGCAGUCUGGAAACUUCGGGCACUUCUGGGCCCUUUCCUACGCCUCGAGGUGGACGACUUCCUGCCUUUCUAG